CAUUGUUAGACACAACUUACUUCAUUUACAAAAUAAAGUUAUAUGGACCUUUCGAAAUGGAUUUUCACGGUGCGCCACGCGAUGCCCAUGAUGAUCUACUUCCAGCCCUCCGUAAAGAUCAAGCAGGUUUGUUGAAAGCACGAUUUGAAGCGGAGAGAGAGAAGUUGAAGCAACUUUUUUCUUUUGAACUUUGUAGAUUGGAGUCGAGACACAAUAAACAAAUGAUGGAGCUUCAAAUAGAAUUGAUGAUGGAGCGGGAUUCGAUGCUGAGUGAGCGUGCAAGCAAAGCAAGGGAAUCUGCUAUCACCGACAGCGAUAAUCAUCUUUCAAGCUAUACAAAGUCUGGGUUUCACUCACGUUCAACGAGUCUGGAUAUAGAUCAAUGUGCGGUCAACUCUGUGCUUUCGAACACACACACAGAUACUGCCGAGUCUGAAGUGGAAAGCGAAGCCGAUCCCAUCGAUCAUUUCAGAAUAUGUGUAGGCUGUCGGAGUACCAGGUGCAUUUGCUGCACAAUUGAUGAUGUCAUCGAGCACAGAUCAAGCAAGAGAAGGAGGAAAAAAUGUCAGUAACACCUAGCAGUUUGAAAUAUUUGGCCGUAGCUAUUGACUGAUCUCGGAUGCAGGCGAGCCAACAGAAUAUUUAAAUAUUCGUCGAGGAUUGGCAUUUUGAUAGCGCACGAGGGGUUUCUGUGAUAUUUGUCGCGUGCGAGAAGUUGAUAUGAUUACGGAGGUUAUACGAAUAUACCACGAAGCCUUUACCGCUGAUUGAUACACACUUGCCCAUGGAUCACGAUUACCAUUGUUAGUAAGAAGUUCCUAGUAAUUUAGUUCACAGACCUUCAAUGCGGAACAUAAAAUCAUCACACUAUGUUUAAAUGACAUGUACAACGCUUUAAUCACCCAAACUUUGUUACAUUUUCUCUAAAGCACUUUGUUACAUUUUCUCUAAAGC